CAGAAGGGCAGAUCGAUGUUCCCUAAGAUUUUACUGCAGUGGUGCGCAGCCCUGUCGAGUUGUGCCGUUGAAAUAGAGAGGCGACGACAGGGCAAAUUCCAGCCGUUCAGACGCCUGUUUGGGAAGAGGAAGAAGAAGGCAGCAGAGCAGGACUUCAAUACAGCAGAGCUGAAGGCUAGCUUCUCCACAGGGGAAGUGUCUAACGGAGUCAUCUCAGAUGAUGAGGAGACCAAUCAACAUCUGAGGGAGCUGAACCCCAUUGGGUCUCAAGCCCUCUCCCACGACAGUGUGUUUAUCCCAGAAGAAGCAGUACAGGAGCUCAGCCCAGAACAAACCAUGUCCCAGGAAAACGUAUCCGAUAAAGUCAGGAACUUGCAGCGGCAGAUAGCACAGAAUAUCAAGUUUGGCCAGAAGCACCCCUCUCUGGGGAAGAGUGAGGGAGACGAGGGCAGCUCGGAUGAAGAGGAGGUGCCCAAUAGCCCUCUGAGGGUCUUAGCCCAAGUGGAGGCUGAGCCAGUGGACACAGAGCCAAAGGGGGCCAGUCAGGACCAAGAGGCUGGUGAGAGCCAUGGAGCUCCCCAGGCUGAAGCCCCCAGCACUCCAGUGAAAUCUUCCAGGUCCAAACAAGUUCUUCCAGCCAUCGGCACCAUUGAGUCCAUCGACCUGGAUGAAGUCUCACAGUCUGUCCCUCGGCUGGACAACACCGCUGCCAAGCAUAAGCUGUCUGUCAAACCCAAAAACCAGAGGAUCUCCCGCAAGCACCACCGGUAUACACAGGAUCUGAAAGAGGUGGAUAUCCCUGGCAUACAGCAGGAGGAGAAAGAUGCAGCAGACAGCCAACACAGGAACGCUGAGGAGGAGACACCCCCAGAGAAAACCAAGAAGCAGAAACUGCAGGAGGAGGAGAGAGGGGAGUCCAGGAGAAAGAGAGAACUGGCGGAACAGAGGCACAGAGAGGAAGAGGAAGAUAGGAAGAAGAAAGCCGAGGAAUGGCGGCUGUGUGAGUUAGAGGAGGAGCGAUGUUGCAAACAAGAGGAGAGAUGUAUACUUAAAAAGGAGGAGGAAAGGAGGCAGAGAGAGGUUAUGGAGAGGAUGAUGAAAGAAGAAGAGGAGAGGAGGCAGAGAGAGGAGAUGGAGAGGAUGAUGAAAGAGGAAGAAGAGAGGAGGCAGAGAGAGGAGAUGGAGAGGAGGAUGAAAGAAGAAGAAGAGAGGAGGCAGAGAGAGGAUAUGGAGAGGAGGAUGAAAGAAGAAGAGAGGAGGCAGAGAGAGGAGAUGGAGAGGAUGAUGAAAGAAGAAGAGGAGAGGAGGCAGAGAGAGGAGAUGGAGAGGAUGAUGAAAGAAGAAGAGGAGAGGAGGCAGAGAGAAGAUAUGGAGAGGAUGAUAAAAGAAGAGGAGAGGAGGCAGAGAGAGGAGAUGGAGAGGAGGAUGAAAGAAGAAGAGGAGAGGAGGCAGAGAGAGGAGAUGGAGAGGAGGAUGAAAGAAGAAGAGGAGAGGAGGCAGAGAGAGGAGAUGGAGAGGAGGAUGAAAGAAGAAGAGGAGAGGAGGCAGAGAGAGGAGAUGGAGAGGAGGAUGAAAGAAGAAGAGGAGAGGAGGCAGAGAGAGGAGAUGGAGAGGAUGAUGAAAGAAGAAGAGGAGAGGAGGCAGAGAGAGGAGAUGGAGAGGAUGAUGAAAGAAGAAGAGGAGAGGAGGCAGAGAGAGGAGAUGGAGAGGAGGAUGAAAGAAGAAGAAAGAAGGAUGAGAGAGGAUUUGGAGCUUAUGCAACGAGAGGAGAAGGAGAGGACACUGGAGGAAGAGGAGAAAGAGGAAGAGGAAAGGAGUAGGAAAGAAGAAGAGGAGAGGAAGCAGUGUGAACUGGAGGCAGAGCGUCUUCAUGUAGAUGAGGAAAAGAGACUAGAAGAGGCAGAAGAGGAGGAGAGAAUGACAAAGCAGGUGAAGAAAAAGAGAAAACUGCUUGCAGAGGAAGAGAGGAAGAAAAAUGAGGAGGAGGAGGAGAAGAGGCUGUGUGCAGAAGCGGCUGCGAGCAGCUCUGACCCUGAGAGGAAGAGGAGGGCAGAGGAGGUGCGCCGGAGAGAGAUGGAGAAGAGACAGAGGCCGUUCACCGUCAAAGGGUCCUCUGGGGAGAAGCAGAUCCUGUUCCAGAAGGUCAACCUAACGUCUGUUAUACCGGCCUCCAGUCAGCAGGGGAGCGCUGUGACUGAACACAGAGAGAGAGCCAAGGCCUCAUCGCUUGGAGGAGCUGACUCCCCCACCCUCCUGUCCUCUCAGUAUGUCCGCCACACAGCCAUCCUGGUGACAGGUGCCCAGCUAUGUGGGACUGCUGUCAACCUGGACCAUAUCAACGAAAUCGCUUGUAAGUCUCUCCUGGGUCUGGCAGAUGAAAAGAAAACUGCCAUGGUAACCCCACCACCAACCAAGAGCAAGACUUCACCAGUACGUAAGUCUGGAAAAACCAAAUCCCUCAGUGAGUCCACAGACCAGUCCAGUGCAGCCGUUCUUGCCGAGUGGGCCAGUAUCCGCUGCAAGAUAUUUAAGGGGGCAGAGGAGGGGAAGUAUGAGGAAUACCCAGACCCCCAUAGCCAAAACCGACCCAGCAGUGAGGACCAGAGUCCGUUCCCCCAUACCAACCUCAGGAAGACCAUGUCCGCCAGCGCCAAGUUCUCCAUCACUCCGGCCAGGAAGAAGUUUGCCGACUCCAGCAGGAACUCUGAGGUGUUGAAUCCGGAAGAGAAGGAAGGAGGAAGCCCAGCCUCUGCUCUCUCCAACACCUCCUCCAGCACCUCUGUUCCCUCUGCAGCCUCAACAGCCCCAGGCCGCAAAGCCCAGAGCACGGGUGGUAAGACCGCCCGGAUCGCAGAUGGAAAAGGGGAGUGCAUGUUUGCCAAAGACCUCCCAUCGUUCAUAGUCCCCAGGUCUUCCCAGUGGUCCCCCAGACCUGAGGGGUCAGUGACAGACGCUGUGAGCCUGGGAGGAGAAUCAGAGGACUCUGACGGCCGGGAGGAAGGGAGGGAGCAGGGCCAGCCCUCUCCGUUUGGGAUCAAGCUGAGGAGGACCAACUACUCCCUCCGCUUCCACAGUGAUCAGUCGACAGACAAGAGGAAGAAGAGGUACAGCGCCGGUGACAGCUUCAACGGUGUCCCCUCACCUCUGACCCCCAUUGACCCUGACUCUGACACCUCAGUUUUCUCUGAUAGAUCCAGCCCUGCGUCUCCAUUCAGAGAGAGCAUUCCCGGGGUAAAGCCUGGACAUAUGGUUGUAUCUCUUCCAAAGCUCCGGGCCAAGGCAGGCAAGUCUCCCACCCCUUCCAUGCACAGCGAGGAGGAGAAGCCUUCCAAACCCUCACUCUACCAAAGACCGAGCACAUCCCCUAAACCUUUCACCCCUCCCCCCUCUCCACUCCCCAAGGUGGGCAGAGGGGGUUCAAGCGAUGCAGUGGUCCAGAGGACGAGGGUGGGGGCUGAUUCAGCUGGCCAUGAGGAGCGAGAUGAGAGGAGGGAAGAAACCUCAGCUGUGGCCCAGCUCCACAGGAACGGCCAGGGACAGGGCCAGGGGGGUCAGAGGGAGGAGGAGCCCAAGGAGAAGAGGUCCUUCUUCCCCUCCAUCAGUAUGCCCUGGAGGGAGAAGGCUGACAGGAAAACAGAGCUCAUCAGGAAAGAGGGGAAGCCAUCGCUGCAGAGCAGGCACUCGUUAGACAGCGUACGGGUCCAGGACAAGGAGGCUGGCCCUCCGUGGAUCACUCUGGCACUGCAGAAACAAAAGGGCUUCAAAGAGCACCAGCAGAGCCGAGACGAGCGCCGCAGCAAUAGAGAGGCCAAACUGCCUGAGAAACAGGCCAAGGACAAAGACAGCUGUGUGUUGGUUAGUCCUUCAGAGGGUAAGGGGAGUGGAAACACCAGCCCUCCCAAAUCACAGACACCGGAGGAGACCAAGAGACCAGACACCCUCCUGGGCUGCUUUGAGCGCCGGGACCACCUGAAGAAAGCCAACACUCUGCCCAGCACAGUCACAGUUGAGAUUGCAGACUCCACACCAUCGCCCCCUGCAGUGAAGGAGGUGACCAAGCGCUUCCCGUCCACUGACUCUCCCCAGGUGUCCACUGAGCCGGCCUGGUUAGCUCUGGCCAAGCGCAAGGCCAAGGCCUGGAGUGACUGCCCUCAGAUCAUCAAAUAACCUCCUCUAACCUCUACAUUGCAUCAGUACUGUACACACACUGCCCAUGAACUAUGACCCCUGUCCCAAACCCUCCCGACCUCUCCUCUCUGCCCCUGAUCUGCCCCUGCACUCUAACCUCAACCCAAGCCUCCCCUAUUUCACCAUAACCAUGUACUUGUAUGAUUAAAAGUGUGUUUCACAUUCAUAAUAUAAACACAGUCACACAUUUACAAACACGAACACUCAGUACAAGCAUGCACUUAUACAAACACCUGAAAACACAAAGUUUAAGAUUACCUGGCUGUAUGUUAUCAACUAUAUAAUAUCUUCCAACAAGUCAAAAGAUCCUACUGUAGCCAAUCAUGGCCACAGCUGGCCUUUGCAAUAGCCAAUCCCAACCCUUACUUCCCAACAGUAGCCAAUCAAAGCACCACGGCUGUAAAUAAAUCAUGCACUUAACAUAAUACAAGAAAAAAAGCUUAUGUAUUGAAAAGAUCAAUCCCACAGGUCUGAAAAGGGAUAUAGAUUCUUCAUUCAAGGGUACUUUGGGGAACAGUGUUUUAAGGGCUACCAGUAACCAAUAAACCAACAUGACAGAUGAUCACCCAAUUGUAUCACCCUAAGAACCACAAUAUUUCUGUUACCUUAUCUUGUGGGUAUUAUUUCAAGCACUGAUUUUAACAGUGAUGAAACAAUAUAUUUGUAAUCUCUGAGCCUUGUCUGCGUUGUACAAAAGCUUCUUUUUUUUAAACUUGUAUUCAAAAGCAGUACUUAGUAUAACUAUUCUCACUGUGCCCGUGAUGACUGUGACAGCUGUCUAAGAUACUAUAUUGCAGAAAAAAAAAUCCCUUCACAAAGUUGUUUGAAAAUCACCGCAGUUUGUAAAAUAACACUAAAAUCUGUCAGAAUCAAAUGUCGACUGCACUGAAACACAGCACUAAAGACCAAGGUUCAAGUGGUUGAAUUGCACAGUAUUCUUACCAUUCUAAUGUGUCAUGGAUUUUGCUUUGCUAUGGAAAGAGACUACCUGCCUGCUGUAACAUCCCAUGUGCUCAAGUCACUGCUAAUGUGAUGAUCCAUAAGGCCUUUACAUGGUCCUCCAGCAUUUGGAAAGUCACAUUCUCUGAAUCCCAUCAUUGGACAAGUUUAACUAUAUCACAUCCUCUUAAUUUACCUCAAUGUGAUUUGAACCAAUCAGCCCUGCUGUGAGAACCUCUGCUGGGCUGUUUGUUGGUGACUGACAGCGUAUGGAUAUUUCUUCCAUCAUUAUCUUCCUCUCACUACUCAAUGUAAUGAUCUGUAUGUAUGGAUGUAAGUAUGGAUGUAUGUUAGAGGCAGUUUUACCAGGACAUUGGUCAGAAAAAAAGCCUGUAAGGCUCAGUCAGUCACUUUGUCAUUUAUUUGUAUUAUUUUUUAAACAUUUGGUCGUGUGCAAUAGUGUAGUAUACAAAGUGGUGUAUGUAAAACUAAUUGGGGUAAUAAUUGCACUUUUUUGUCCCACUUCAAAAAGGUAUUCAUGAGAACAUCUUUAAAGUGAUGCAAAUGUUAUGAAUUAUAAAUUAAAUACUGAUGUCUGAA